UAGCCUUAUCCUUUGAACAUAAACACAACAUAAAUACACACUUCCCAUUUCACACAUAUACACACAACCAUUGUUCGAAACAUGGCCGAUACUUCGCAUACAAAAAUCGGAGACAAGUACCGGUCUUUCUUACACGACCAACCCGACGAUGUAGUAUGGCGCCAUGGUGGCCCCCCCACUUAUGAUGCCGUAAACCACCUCUUCGAACAAGGCCGGUCCAAGGAAUGGGAAAAGGGAUCGUUGGAAGAGGUGGUACAAAAUGCGAUCAAGUCGUGGGAGAUGGAGUUGUCUCACAAGAUUCGCCUUCAAGAUUUUAGGACAAUAAGUCCUCAAAAGUUCAAACUCAUUGUUAAUGGAAGAGAGGGGCUAUCAGCAGAAGAAACCCUAAAACUUGGAAGCUACAAUGCUCUGCUGAAAACCUCCAUUCCCGACCACCUUAAAUUCUACGACGCCGACAAGGAGACUUUCGACUCUUCCCAUGACGCAUUCCGCUCGGCUUUCCCCCGCGGCUUCGCCUGGGAAGUUCUGGCCGUCUACUCCGGCCCCCCACUUAUCACCUUCAAGUUUCGCCAUUGGGGAUUCUUCGAAGGCCCCUUCAAGGCCCACGCUCCCACCGGAGAAAUGGUCCAAUUUUACGGUGUCGGAACCCUCAAAGUGGAUGAAUCAUUGAGGGUAGAAGAUGUGGAAAUUUACUACGAUCCGGCGGAACUUUUUGCCGGACUUCUUAAAGGUCCUCCCGUCAACGAUGGCGAUCAGACAUCCUCUAAAUGUCCUCUCCAUCAUUAAAUCAAAUCGAAUAAAUUGGUACAAUUAAAGGAUAACUCUAUGAGUAUGUUUAUGUAUGGUUUGAAUGUUGAUUUUUUUUUUUUUUUUUUUUUUGAGUUAUUAUAUAGGUAUAUGAUGUUAUGUUGUUUAAUGGAAAAUAAAACUUGGAUGAUAUGUAUUUAUGGAUAAAAACUAAUUUCAGUGUUAAUUGUAUGA